CACCCGCUCUUACUUUGUUCGGAAGGCGACAAGAGAAAUGGUUAAUGCAUGGUUUGCUGAGAGAGUUCACACCAUCCCAGUCUGCAAGGAGGGAACCAAGUCCCAGAGUGAAUCCUGUGCUUGUCACCAGCCUGCCUGUGCUGAGACCACCAACUCUGGGACGCCAGCGAGGAAAAUCUCUGCUUCUGAAUUUGACAGACCCUUAAGGCCUAUUUUUGUCAAGGACUCAGUAGGAACAGUGAGCUUCCUCUCCGGCUCUGAAAAGAAGGAACAGAUGCCUCUGCCAUCUCCAAGGAUUGAGACCAGUGCAGGGGAUCAGUGCUCAAGACUAUUAGAACUUGUGAAAGAUAUUUCUAGUCACUUAGAUGUCACGGCACUUUGCCAUAAAAUUUUCCUACAUAUCCAUGAGCUUAUAGCAGCUGAUCGCUAUUCCCUGUUCUUGGUCUGUGAGGAUAGCUCUAAUGAGAAGUUUCUUGUAAGCAGGCUGUUUGACGUGGCAGAAGGCUCCACCCUGGAAGAAGCUUCCAACAACUGCAUUCGCCUGGAGUGGAACAAGGGCAUUGUGGGUCACGUAGCAGCUAUAGGCCAGCCUCUGAACAUCAAGAAUGCAUAUGAGGAUCCAAGAUUCAAUGCAGAAGUUGACCAGAUCACAGGAUAUAAGACUCAGAGUAUUCUUUGUAUGCCAAUAAAGAAUCAUAGGGAAGAGGUUGUUGGUGUGGCUCAAGCAAUCAAUAAGAAAUCUGGAAUUGGUGGCACUUUCACUGAACAAGAUGAAAAGGAUUUUGCUGCGUAUUUGGCAUUUUGUGGAAUUGUUCUUCACAACGCUCAACUGUAUGAGACAUCUUUGCUUGAGAACAGGCGUAAUCAGGUGCUUCUUAAUCUUGCCAGCCUGAUUUUUGAAGAGCAGCAGUCUUUGGAAGUAAUUCUGAAGAAGAUAGCUGCCACUAUAAUAUCCUUCAUGCAAGUGCAGAGGUGUACCAUCUUCAUAGUGGAUGAAGAUUGUACUGAUUCAUUUUCUAGUGUGUUUCACAUGGAAUCUGACGAAUUAGAAGAAUCAGCUGAAAAUCUGAAGAGGGACUAUGAUACAAACAAAAUCAAUUACAUGUAUGCUCAGUAUGUCAAGAACACAAUGGAGCCUCUCAACAUCCCAGAUGUCUGCAAAGACAGAAGAUUUCCCUGGACAAAUGGCAAUGCAGAAAAUUUAAGUCAACACAUAAAGAGUUUGCUGUGUACACCAAUAAAAAAUGGGAAAAAGAAUAAAGUGAUAGGGGUUUGCCAGCUUGUGAAUAAGAUGGAAGAAAACUCGGGCAAAAUCAAGGCUUUCAACAGAAAUGAUGAACAGUUCUUGGAAGCAUUUGUCAUCUUUUGUGGCUUGGGGAUCCAGAAUACGCAGAUGUACGAAGCUGUAGAAAGAGCCAUGGCCAAACAGAUGGUGACAUUAGAGGUUCUCUCAUACCAUGCUUCUGCUGCUGAGGAGGAAACGAGGGAGCUGCAGGUAACAGCGGCUGCUGUAGUACCAUCCGCACAAUCUCUCAACUUAACUGACUUCAACUUCAGUGAUUUUGAGCUAUCAGAUUUUGAAACAACACUGUGUACAAUUCGAAUGUUCACAGACCUCAACCUGGUGCAAAAUUUCCAAAUGAAACAUGAGGUUCUCUGCAGAUGGAUUUUAAGUGUAAAGAAAAAUUAUCGGAAAAAUGUUGCUUAUCACAAUUGGAGACAUGCCUUUAAUACAGCGCAGUGCAUGUUUGCUGCUUUAAAAUCUGGUAAAAUUCAGAGCAAACUGACUGACUUAGAAACACUGGCUUUGCUGAUAGCAACUCUAAGCCAUGAUUUGGAUCACAGGGGAGUGAACAACUCUUACAUACAAAGAAGUGAACAUCCACUGGCUCAACUGUAUUGCCACUCAAUCAUGGAGCAUCAUCAUUUUGAUCAAUGCCUUAUGAUCCUGAAUAGUCCAGGAAAUCAGAUUCUCAGCAGCCUUUCCAUUGAAGAAUACAAGGCCACACUGAAAAUGAUAAAACAAGCCAUUCUUGCCACAGACCUAGCACUAUACAUAAAGAGGAGAGGAGAAUUUUUUGAACUUCUAAGGAAGAAGCAAUUUAAUUGGGAAGAUCCUACACAGAAGGAGCUAUUUUUAGCAAUGUUGAUGACUGCUUGUGAUUUAUCAGCCAUAACCAAACCAUGGCCAGUUCAGCAACGGAUUGCUGAGCUUGUAGCCACAGAGUUCUUUGAUCAAGGAGAUAAAGAGCGGAAGGAACUCAACAUAGAACCAACAGAUCUAAUGAACAGAGAGAAGAAAAAUAAAAUUCCCAGCAUGCAGGUUGGAUUCAUAGAUGCUGUUUGCUUGCAGCUGUAUGAGGCCCUAACGCAUGUGUCAGAGGCCUGCUACCCUUUACUGGAUGGCUGUAGAAAAAAUAGGCAGAAAUGGCAAUCCUUAGCUGAACAACAAGAGAAGAAUCUAAUUAAUGGAGAAAGCAAUCAAGCCAAACGGAACUGAGAUGCUGAUUUAACAACCACAAGCUUAAGUUCACAUAGAAGACAUAGUAAUAGGGGAGUACUGCAUUUUGCUGAACACUGUAUGAAUUUGGCUUAUGUUUUGCCACUGCUGUAUUAUUUUUCCACAUUUCAAGAUAUAGUGUGACCAUGUAUAUGCCAAGGUUAUGUAAAGAUAGUAUGUUUCUUUUAUUACAUCUGAUUGAGAUGGACAAAGAUCUGCAAGGGUAGUUUUUGCUACCCUAUUCCACAAGAAGGUACGAGUGCAGUUACUCGACCGUCCCCGAGAGCCUAUUACUUUAUAGAUGUAUAUAGUUGUUUAGUGAUCGUGUUGUGGCCAGUAUCUUCAAGACUACUGCAUUUCGCACCUUUUUUCCUCUUCCAAUCUUGCUGUGUUAUGUUAUAAAAGCAAUGAGCAGUCUUGCCUGUUCUUUUCCCAGAGGUUCAGAGGAAAGAUUGGGACUAACUCUGGGGAGCCUAAUCCAGCAUAUACUAUGAUAACCUCUUUCAGGAGACAGAACUGGGCUUUGAAGUGAAAAAGCCCCAGAAUCUGUGCACCCAGUAGUUUUUUUUCAUAUUAGAGGAAUGUCUUAGCAAAUGUCUUACAUUUGGAGAAAUUUUUUAAACCCCUGUGAAUUACUAGGCAAUGGGGGUCUUAAGAGUUUUGUGGUAGAAGUGUCAUAAUUAUCCAUGAAUAAUGGAAAAUGCUUGAAGAUUGAUGGAAUGUCACAACAUAACUGACAGGCUGCCAUGGAAGAAUGGCUCCCAUAGAAAGCUGCAAGAAGCACACAGAGAAAUGGAAACUAAACAGGAUCAUUUUUAUACGCUGGUUUUAACUUCAUUUGGAAGUUGAAUUUAACAUCAUCAUAACCAACAGACUGAGUCAUGGGCAGGAAGAGUAGAAGAGAAUGUGACUGCAAGAGCAAGAGAUGAAAAUCUGAAUCAGAAUGAUGCAGGAAUGGCACACUUCUGGUGACUAUCAAUGACUGAUUCUUUAGGCCAGUGCUAUUAUGAAAUGGCUAUGACCACUUUGAAGAAAGUUUUAUGUUAACAUCUUUUAAAAAUAAUUUUUAGCAUUAGUUAAUGUUAACAAUGAUUAAUCACAAUGUUUUACAGGAAUAGGAAAAAAGAAUACUGAAAGCAAAAGUAGCUGAGAAUGCUACAGGGAUUUGCCAUUUGUGUAUGAGGCAUUAACAUUCAGAAAAGAAAGAAGUCGAUUAACUUGCACUAGUAAAAAAAGCAACAUUGAUAAUUUAUUUAAAUGAAGAUGACUAAUGAAAAUUGUUUUGAAUUGGGAACCAAUUGAAGAAAAUAUACACAUUAGACAAACCCCAAAAGAGUAAUGCAAAGAGAGUACUAUUCUUUGGCUACACAGGAUUAGGAGAUUAAUGUCAACAAUCUAAGACUGGUUAGCAGUAGGUGUAACUUCGGCUGCACAGAGACACAGAAAAUUAUAUAUUUUUUUAAUCUGUAGUAAUUGUUUUUCAGUUAAAAUCAGUAACAGUAUUAGGCAAAAGUAAUACAUUUUGGAUUGUACUUUGAAGUGUGGGAGUUUAUUUCUAUCACUGUAAUGCAGAAAAUUCUAGUUGGAAAUUGCAAUAAAUUCUUCUUCCCAGGAGAUUAUCAAUCCCCCCUUGCAAGAGCUGGUCAGAAAGACAAUGAAAACAACCUCUUGUUAUCAGUCUGCAUUUAGAUAAACUAUACCAGAAGCUAACAAAAGAUGAAGCAAAUGUUUCAAAAUGUUUGAUGAUAAUGAGUUUCAUAGUAAAUUUUUUUUUUUAAACGUAGAAUAAGGUAUUCUGAUAGUCUGCAGAAUUUCUGCCAACCUAGAUUAUAUUUGUCACUGAUUAAAUCCUAUCUCAAACUUCUCUAAUGACUACCAGUAAUAUAUUAUUGCAGCUGAAUUUGAAAACAUUUUUCUACGAGAGUAUUUCUCCUGAUUUUUUUUCGCAGAUUUUCAAAAAAGUAUGGAAUUCAACAAUAAUUAAGAAUUCCAGGGCUACCGUUAUGCAGUGCUCCAUAUGUGUAUUUAUAUCCAUACACAGUACAAUAUAUGUAUGUAGUAUGUCAUAGCUAUGCAGAAAAAUGACAGCAGCCUGCCCCCCUCCCAAAAAAAAAAAAAAGUUUUUAGAUACUUUUUGAUAAAUAGGAAACUUUGCUUCAGGAUUUGCAUAGUCCUUGUAUAUUCUUUUCCUUGAAUGCUCGAGAUACUGAAAUAUAACUGAUGAGAUACAUACUUAAUAUAAAUAUGAACAAAGUAUAUGUAUAUAAAGGUGUAUUCUUGCUAGUAUGGUUGAGACUAGUAAUUCAUGGUGACAACACAGCAAAUCAACUAUGGUGAUAUUACAGUGUAGUGAUGUAUCAUUUACAUUAAGAUCCCAGUAUUUCUUUGCUAUAUUGUGUGUUCAGCAAAGCUUUAUGAUGACAUAAAUUUAUAACUACUACAAAGGAGUGCUGGAUUCAUACCUUUGACUUGAAAAAAAUGGACAUGACAUUGCAUUUUUUCAAAGGGUCACUUAAAAUACACAGUUAUACAGUAUGUGCAUAUAUUUAAUUACAUAUCUGUACACAUUUAUCCCACAGAAUCUCUUCCACUACAAAGAUUGGAACAUACAUAGAAAUACAGUUCCUAGUAAAUAAACCAUUUAAAUGUCAUAAUACACCUGUAUCUGUAUGUAUUUCUACAAAACCAAACCCUUUAAACUACUGGUUUAAGAACCUUAAAAGCACAGAUUGCUGUACUUCAUGAAAUUUCAGAGAGUGAUCAAAUUGUUUAUAUAGUGUUUUACUUUGCCUGAAGGCAAAGUCAGAGUGUUCUGGUUUUGUGUUAUAGCUUUGUGUGAACUGUUUGCAAAAAUUGCUCAUUCCUUUCAUAAUGUAGAUAGGUGACAAUAUGAAAAAAAGCCAGGCUGUUUUCUGCCUGAAAUUCAUUGCCUUCAGAAUUCAACAUUUUCAAACACAGUAAGUGGAUUGCAGCCAUACAGCUGCCAUUAAUUUCAUCAUGAGUUGUGUAUCUAAUUAUUUUAGUUGGGUCUCAAACAUACUCUCCCCAACUUGUAUUGUCUAGCUAAAGCAAUCAAUGUGGAUUAUAGAAGAAACAAGCUGAAAUGGAGUUUAUCACUUUGUCAGUUCAGUCUUAAGUCCAUUAAAGCCAUCGUGAAAUUUGAUAUUUAAGUCUUUGGGUACAGAAUUUCUCCCACUAAUUUUUAAUACUUGUCUCAAUGAAGACAUCUAAGUUAGUAUCCUACUUGUUCUCAAACACGGACAUAUUUUCUUUUAAAGCCACUCUACAGCACAGUUUAAUGCUUAAAAUACAUUUUUCUGGUUUGUUCCCCUUCUGAAAAAAUUAUUUUUCAUACAUAUUAACAUACACAAAAUUACUGAUUAACCCUACCUCUUCUAAUUAAAAAUAACAGUGAGGCUUUUAAGCUCUAGGUAGUACUUCUUUUCAAACAGGUUGGUCACAUGUCCAAUAUUAGCUGUAGAAUGUCUAGGUUUUCUAUUAUCUCACACAAUAAAAGAAAGGAGGGGAAAAUAAUGUAAUGUUGAUUUUGGAGAUGGUAUUGAUUUUUAAUUAGUAGCAGUUUAAAGUUAAGAGCAGAUUACCCUCAUAUCUUCACAGAAUACAAGUACAAGUGGGCUAGUGAUAAAAGUGAGUGAUCUAUUUCAUUGCUGACCAGCUGAUCUCUCUUUAGAAGAGAGGACUGAAGCCUGGUUUUAUGCAUCACCCUCUGACAAUUGCAUGCAUCUAAAGAUAAACUUCUGAACUCCAAUCCAAUGCAUUUUAUCUGGCAGUGGCAUGAACUGACAAAAUCAGAACACUGUCUAAUUCAUACAUAAGAUUUUGCAAAAUUACUAGGUAAGUGAUUUUCCAACCUAUUAUACAGAAAGAUUAUAAAAAGUCAGAUCUAGCCCCUUAAAAUUAGGGGAUGUUGCCUGAGUGAUCUGGUUCGUGCCCCUUGCAGUUACGCAUGAGAAGAUAGAAGAGAGUUUUGAUGGAAAAAAUGCCUCACUCAUAAUAAAUUCAUACAUUUUUAAAGAUUUUAUAGAGACCUAGUAUUUCAGGCAAAUUUAUACUUUAGCUUUAGUUAGGAGUCUUGUCUCUGUGAUGCUGUAGUUUCUUCUUCAUGUCAAAUCACAUGCAGUUUACAUUCCACAAGGUUUCAGCUUUAUUUCACAGUUCCCUGCUGUACUUCUCCAGGCACUUGCACUAAUUUGAAAGAUAAGCUUCAACAUUGGCCAACUCUGACCAUUAAGUUUGGCCAGAGUAUGAUAAAUAAUGAGGGCUGGAUUUUUUGGUUUGGACUUUCACAGGAACAACAAAUAUCACAGAAUCUGGCCUGGUAAUUCGUGACACUUGCUAAAUACAGCAAAUUGUGACAGCAAGAUAUUUUAUCUUUGUCAUUGCUAGAUGAAUGGAAAUUGCAUGGGAAAGUUUAUUUUCCACAUAAAGAAGUUUGUUUCCAUAGAGAAACUCAUACCUAAGUACCACUGUCUGUAUAUGUGUAUUUAUGUAACAAUGCUACAUAAUAGCUAGUUUCCACUAACUUUCACAGCAUGAGCUUGUCAUGCCAGGGCCUAAGACAUGCUCAAAUGCCCAUUUGAAGUCAGUUAUAUUCACAUUUACCUCAGCGGGAGUUGGAUUGAGCUGUAUAGAAAGUGAAAGAAUGGGUUAAGUCCACCUUUUUUACCUACAAAGAGGGACCAAACUCUUACCCUUGGUAACACCUGCCUCACCUGCUCUUUGCUGUAUUCAGCUAUUCCGCUGAUGCCCAAGGUACCUUACGGAUGUAACCGAAGUUAGAAUUUGAGCCCUCUAUGUAUUCACAUGGCAGACACCUGCAUGUGUCUCUUAAAGAAUGUAGUGUGAAAUGCACUGUAAAUAGUUUUAAUAGACAUUUCUAUUGUAGUUAAUAAAAAUCUUAAUCACAGUCACUAGCCACCGAGUUUGUGCAUUUAUAUUCUUUUAUCUUUUAAAAAUAUUUGAACAAAUAUAUAGUUUCUGGGCACAGUAUUUUUGUACUAGGUUAAGGGGGUUACUCUGUAUAUUAUGUUUUGCCUUUAAGCAGUAUUAAAGUGUUCUGAAUGUUACGUGUUCUUGCUUGCUUUUGUCCUAUGACUACUUAGUAAAACUAGUUACAUUACUUAAGAGAAUCAUUAGUCCUACUUACUGUACAGCUGAUGAUAGAGAAUAUAAAGUCAGAUUAUUUUCUAUGGUCAAACUGCU